AUUGAGAAUCUCUUUGAUUGUGAUUUAUUAAUAAAGUAUCUAAAUAAUUGAUGGUAAUUGAGACCAUUGAACUAGUGAUUAGUUGAUUCUCAAUGAGACAAUUAUGAUUGAAAUGGAAUCAGUGUAACCUGAUUUGUCUCACAGUUUCAGGGAGAGAGAGAGAGAUUGUUUUGAUCGAGAUAAUUUCGAUUAAUUUUUUUUUCCAUCACAGUUAAUCAAUUAUCUCAUUAUAUUUUCUAUAACCUUUUCUUUAUUUGAGUAACAACUUGACUUUAUAAUCUUCAACCUUAUUAAUAAUUUAAUAUGAGAUUAAUUAUAUUGGAUAAUAGUGACGAUGUCGCUCUUUGGACUGCCAAGUAUAUUCGUAAGCGGAUAAAGUUAUUCAACCCUGGACCUGAUCGUUUCUUCAAUCUUGGCCUACCGACCGGUAGUACACCUCUUGGUACUUAUAAACAGUUGAUCAAUUUUUAUAAAGAAGGAUCAAUUUCAUUUAAAUAUGUACGAACCUUUAACAUGGAUGAAUAUGUUGGAUUACCAAGAGAUCAUCCGGAAAGUUAUCAUUCAUUUAUGUUCAACAAUUUCUUUAAACAUAUUGACAUUGAUCCCGUUAAUGUUAAUAUUCUUGACGGGAACGCGUCCGAUUUGGAGGCUGAAUGUGUGGCUUACGAGAAGAAAAUUGUCGAUUCUGGUGGAAUAGAAUUGUUUGUCGGAGGAAUUGGACCUGAUGGACAUAUUGCUUUCAACGAACCAGGGUCAAGUUUAACGUCUCGAACACGGCUUAAGACUCUUGCCAUGGACACAAUUCUGGCCAAUGCACGUUUCUUUGCCAAUGAUGUAUCAAAGGUUCCCCAUGAAGCGUUAACCGUGGGUGUUGGAACGGUCAUGGAUGCCAGAGAAGUGAUGAUUCUGAUUACUGGAGCGGCUAAAUCGUUUGCCUUAUAUAAAGCUAUCGAAGAGGGUGUAAGUCAUAUGUGGACUGUUUCUGCUCUUCAAAUGCACCCGAAUACAACUUUGGUCUGUGAUGAGGAUGCGACUCUUGAAUUGAAGGUGAAAACAGUUAAAUAUUUUAAAAGCCUGAUGAGAGUUCACAAUAAGCUGGUUGAUGAAUGAUCGAGUAUCUUUGACACAAUUUCGUUGAUUUGUCCUCCGUUGAUUGGAGCCUUUCAAUUGAAAGUCGAGUCUCAGUUUGGAAAAAUAUCUUCUCUUGGAAAUGUUGGAAAAUUUCAUACAUAAUACAAUCACUCUAAAUAAUUAUCUUUAUACUUGUGUAAUUAAAUUAAAGUUAAUUAGUCUAUUAACAAAAAUAUAUUUACACAAUCACA